AGCAUUUGGGGGAAUAGCAGCACGGCGUCCUUCCGCAUCAUCGGUAACCCACGUGUGAGUUUAAAGCAAAAUAUCCAUCUUCCUCCGUGAAGCGAAGUGUUUUCGCCGAGAGGUGAUUUUAUUAAUAAUUCUUACAACUUGGGAACAAUUCUAAUCAAUAAAAUGGUAUGUAGUUUUGGUAACCCGAAGCUUGAACUUAGGUUUAGAGAUAAGUUUAGUAUAUAAUAUAAAUAAAACAAAGAAGACUUGAAUUUCAAUCGUUAUUUUUGUGCUAAUCAGCGCAAGUAGGCUUAGUAGAGACUUAGUAGUAUUAGUAGGGCAAAGGCAAAGCAAAAUGUAAGUAAUUUACUAAAUUAUGUUGCUGGUACAUAGUACAUGCAUUUCUAGUAGUAGCAGUUAAUAAGAUGGGUAAGUGACAACAAUUAACACAUUUGGUAAAAAAAAAAAAUGUGAAGAGAUAGCACUGUGGCUCACUGCAUUUGCUGCCACCCCUGAACAUUUUGACCCUAUUGGCAUUGGAACUAGGGACAAAACACGCAAGUGACGUCAGGGUUCUAUCUCUUUACAUUAGCUUUUUUUAAAAUCUUCCUGUAAAAAAAAAUAAAAAAUUGGUAGUAUAUAUUAUAUAGUCUAUCAACAUACUUUAUUUAAGUUUAUAAAUAAGAAAAGAGACCAUCUAUAAAUAACGAGGAGGGUCCUGAAUAUUUGAGGAUAUUUCAUCAUAUGUCAUAACUUAUAAGGGAGCCUUAAUUUUUUGUGGUUCAAAAAUCAAUAAGACACCAUUUUUGAAUUUCCCCCCACCCCCAUGGCCUAUGUAGUGUAAGUCAGAUCUCAUGAUUCUGUUGUGUGUCUGUUUUGAUAUUGAGUGAGCGAUGGUGGGUUUUUUCCUUUGGUUUCGGCCAAGGUUAAUCCCACGAAUUGUGUCAGCCAUGUGUGUCGGUAAAAACCAUAGAGUGGUUUUAGUUUUUUGGUAGAGAGUGAACAUUUCUGUGGAUGUAUGAGUGGGCGUUUUUUUAAUUUGAUUUCACACAUCAGCUGCUCUGUAGUGGCUAGAGCGUCAUUCAGCACAUCAGCUCUACUGUAGGUGCAGGGGCUCGAAAGAAAGGUGUUCUAGACACUAAAAAUUGUUCUGUGGAUAUAACACAGCGGACUGACCUCUACACAAACAUACUAUGCAUCACAUGUAGUAUUGAAACAUGUAAAUUUGACUCCUCUAAAUAUGAAGCAUUUCACCCAAACUUCAGGCACACAUUAAAUAUUGUAUAGUCCUGAUGUUAAUACUGGUAAAAAAAAAUUAUAAAAUCAUCGCUGUUGAUGGUUACACUCAAAUGGUCACAGUUUCAACCCUAAAACUAAAAGUUAUGGUUAACCUAAUAACGCACUCUGUGUUUAUAUGCAUAUUAUAACUAAGGCCUAUAAUAAAUAAACAUAAAAGAUGAACUUUUGGUUUAGAUGCAUUCCCAAGGUUCAAGUUCAAGCAAGUCAAAGCAUUUAACUUUUAACAGGAUUAAUUUAGACUGCAUCCUAAAUUGUGAUAAGAUUUGGGAGUGAUAGUUACAGUUAAGGUAUUCUUUUGUUGCUUUUUAUUUUUUUGUGUGUAAUAAAACAUUUUUAUUUCCAUCAGGCAGAAGAAGUGAACAGUAAAGCAUACCCUCUUGCAGAUCAGAAGCUCACUGAGCAAAUUUUGGAGUUAGUGCAACAGGCAGCAAACUAUAAGCAACUAAAAAAGGGUGCCAAUGAGGGUAAUUAGCAUUCUAUUUUAAGCUUUUAACAUAAGUAGUUUUUUAGCUUUAAUCUACCCUUACAUGUUUGCAUACUUAAGGUAAGCCUAAUAUUAAUAUUCCCAAAUUUGUAGGCAAUAGCUUGUUAGUCAUUAAAAAUAAUAUGUCUCCUAAUUUUAAUUACUAAUUUAUUAUUGCUACCCUUUUUUCAUAGCUACUAAAACCCUUAACCGAGGCCUCUCUGAGUUCAUUGUUUUGACAGCUGACGCAGAACCCAUUGAAAUUCUUCUUCAUUUGCCACUACUUUGUGAAGAUAAGGUAUGGUACAACAGUUUGAAUGAGUGUGCUAGUAUAUUAUAUUAAUAUCCACCUCCAAUAAAGCACAAUAGUCUUAAACAAAACAGCAUUUUUUAAUACAAAAAGCUUGUACAGUUUUUGAAAUGCCAGAUGCUGUAGCAUGUGUGUGUAAAAUGUUAAACCUAAUACCAAUGCAAAAAACAGUGGCACAAUUUUUCGAGUUUGGUUUAUUUAGUUAUACAGGUAUUUAAGUUAAUAUGUAAGUAUAGGUACUAACAGUACCGUAUAUUAGGAUUAGUGUCUAAUAUAUUUUUAAAUUGGGUUUCUUCUAACUGCUUUAAAUUUAGCCGUUACCUUAAUUGUUGCUAAAUAAAGCCUGGUGUACAAUGGUGAAGACAUACAAAAUAUUCUUUGGUAUAAAUGAUGUGUCAAGUAAUUAAUUCAUUUAUGUUUCAGAAUGUCCCCUACAUUUUUGUAAGGUCAAAGCAAGGUAAUUUUUCCAACCAUUUUCAUCCUUGAUUUAGCUUGCAGUUAUUUUAUUUUAUACAAUAAUAUAGCUUUUAUUAUUAUAAAGAUGGAGUGGGUUGAUCAUGUUCUGUAUUGUCAUAUUUUUGGAUGCAUGUGGAAUUUUGAAUGGUCUUUAAGAGCAUAGCUGGAGAUAUACAUUUUAAAAAAAAAAAAGACUUUUUCUAAGGUAUUUAUGUUUUUACACAUAUUUUAGCACUUGGGAGAGCCUGUGGAGUGAGCAGACCAGUCAUUGCUUGUUCAGUAAUCCAGAAAGAGGGAUCACAGUUGAGAAAUCAAAUACAGGCCAUACAGCGCAGCAUUGAGAGACUUCUCAUUUAAUUAAAAUUCCUUUUUGUAAAUAAAUGUAACGAUUUUCAUAUUACUUGGCUUAUUUUUCCUUAUGAUACCGGGUAACCAUAUGUUUGUAUAAUGUAUGCUAUUACCUUACUUAGCUUUCAAAUAUUCUGAGGGCUACAUUACCACCAAAUUUUGUGUAUUGAAACUGUAAUCUAUUAGUAUUAGUGUACCAG